UUUUGGGUGGGGCUGGUAUUUUGCAAGACUGAAUGGCAUCAUUUAAAAGCUAUCAACCAGUGAAGAGAAGUAGUCACUCCACAGUAAAGGUAGGAGACUACCUAUAUAUGUGGGGUGGGUCCGGGUCUGGAGUAGACUAUGAUGUGAUGGAGGUGUAUCACUUACCAACUGGUGCUUGGGACCAGAAACCUACUACUGGUACCCCACCACCAGGUACCUGGGCCUAUUCAAUCAUAGCUAUUGGGAAGGACAUAUAUUAUUUCGGUGGAUCUGGUGUUGGUGGUUAUCGAAACAGCUUGCACUGUUUCAAUGUGGAUUCAUUGAAGUGGAGGGAACUCUCUCCUAGUUCUGAUCGUGGCCCAAUGAAGAAGGCCCGUUGUAGAAUGAUAUCUGCUAAUUUUGACAGUGAAGACUAUCUUAUAAUAAUAGGAGGAAGUGGAUCAUCUUCUAUCAAUACUCCAAAGCAACCUAAUGCUCAGUAUUCAGCUGAUGGUAGAUGUAAUGAGAUACAUUAUUACAGGAUUUCAUCAGGUCAGUAAUUCUCA